AUGGCUGGCCCUUACGACUACCCACCCGCACACGGCUCGUCUGCCCACCUGAACGCGCCCGGCGAGAAGACCAACGCGCGCUCGUCCUUUGCCACGAGCAUGGCCCCCAAGAAGUCGCGCCGCACCUUGUGGUGGGUCCUCGGCGCGCUCCUCGCAGUCGUCGUCAUCCUCGGUGCCGUCCUCGGCGGCGUCCUUGGCUCGAGGGCCAGCAGCAACAACGACAACAGCAAGAGCAACGCCGUCAACGCGGCCGACGGUGACGCCGCCGCCGCCUCGUCCUCGUCCUCGUCCGGCUCGACCAACGCCAACGGCCGGUCCUCCGGCACCGCCACCUCGUCUAGUGCUGCCGCCUCGAGUACGCCGGCGGGCACGCUCGUCGAAGUCGUCGACCUUCCCGCAUGGAACUGGGGCCAGAACAAGUCGAUCGGCGUCUGCCUGGGCAGCUGGCUCAUCCUCGAGAAAUGGAUGCUCCCCGACUGGUUCAACGAGACGGUCAACGCCGUCACGCCGGGCGCCGGCGCCACCGCGCUCGACGAGUGGUCCUUCUGCGAGGUCCUCGGCCAGGACGGCUGCCGUACCGCCCUCACCGAGCACUGGGACAACUGGAUCACCGAGGCCGACUUUGACGAGAUGCUCGAGUACGGCAUCAACCACGUCCGCCUCCCGACGGGCUUCUGGGCGUGGAUCCCGACCAUCGAGGGCGAGCCGUUCCUCAACGACACGGCCCUGUUCCAAAACCAGAUCGAGAAGGUCCUCGGCUGGGCGCACGCCCGCGGCAUGUACGUCCUCAUCGACGCGCACGGCCUCCCCGGGUCGCAGAACGGCGAGCAGGCGUCGGGCCACCUCACCAAGACGCCGUCCUGGUUCGGCGGUUCUGCCGACACCGAGACGCCCAACCAGAUCCGCUCGGACGCCAUGGUCGUCGCCAUGACCGAGUUCCUCGCGCGCACGCCGUACCGCUCGGUCGUCACCGGCCUCGAGGUCAUCAACGAGCCUCGCCCGUACACGGACGACCAGAUCCAGCAGCUGCAGAACUACUACGCCCGUUCGUACACGACGAUCCAGCAGUCGGCCUGGCCCGUCGCCACCUUCAUCUCUGAGGGGUACACCAACCUCACCUUUUUCCGUCCUUUCGCCGAGGAGCGCGCGACCGACCCGCCGUCGCUCGUCAUGGUCGACCACCCGUACCCUGGAAACUUCCCGCCGCAGGACAACUCUCAGGACAUCCUGUCGCAAGUCUGCACGGCCGGCAACAAGUACCUCGACUACCCGAUCCCCAUCUGCAUCGACGAGUGGAGCCUGUACACGGGCGUCAAGGACCAGGGCUUCGAGAAGACGUUCUACGAGCAGCAGCUCGCGACUUGGUCGUGGUCGGCCGGCGGCAUGUACUGGUCGUGGCGCCUCGACACGUCGCAGCAGGACCUCGCCGCGGGCAUCGACUACUCGCAGUACUCGUUCAGCACCAUCGUGCGCAACAACAGCGCGACGAUCCCCAAGCCGUCCGACUUCAACCUCGCCGACACGACGACGGGCGACUCGGUGCAGGCGUACCUCGCCGGCGUCGAGGGCGACUUGACGUCGUCGUGCGGCACGGCGCCGGCCAACGCGGCGCCGUACACGUCGGGCGCGUUCCCGACCUGGACGGCCGAGGUCAGCGCACGCUCGUCGGCGCAGGGCCAGACGCUCACGGCGACGUCGACGACGGCGAGCACGACCGCCACCUCUCGCAAGCGCGCCAUCUCGUUCUGAGCGAGCCGUCGCCCUCUCUCUCUCUCCCUGUACUCGACCCUCUCUCCCUCUCUUUUGACUUAUCCCCAUUUCACGACCCUGGACGGACACUGCCCUCUCCUUUGCAACCCACUCGUGUGCCCGA